GUGCGUGUGGGGCGACUGGGGCUCCCGCGGCGCGCAGGCUUCGGCAUGGGCCUUCUGAGUGGGGCUGCUCGCGCGCUCGUGCGCGGCGCGGACCGCAUGAGCCGGUGGACCAGCAAGCGGGGCCCGCGCACCUUCUACAAGGGCCGCGGCGCCAAGGGCACCGGCGUCCACGGCCGCAACGGGAAGUUCGUGCAGGUCAAGGAGAUGGUCCCGGAGCUGGUGGUGCCCGAGUUGGCGGGCUUCAGGCUGCGGCCGUACGUGAGCUACCGCGCCUCCGCGGGCCCGGACGCGCCCCUGACGGCCGAGCAGCUGUUCCAGGAGGCCGCGGCCCCGGCCGUCGAGAAGGACUUCAGGGACGGCACCGUGGACCCGGCGCGGCUGGAGAAGUACGGCUUCGAGCCGACGCAGGACGGCAAGCUCUUCCAGCUGUACCCCAGGAACUUCCCGCGCUAGCAGCCGCGGCCGCCACGGAGCCGCCCUUCGGGAAGCCACGAGCGUCCUCCCGUGGGCUCGGGGCAGAGGCUGGGGUCCGGCGCGGCCGCCGGCUUCGCCUGUUGGAGCCGUUGCCCCGGGCGUGUGUGCUCCGGGGAAUGCCGAUUCCUAGAUAAACGCCGCUAAACCCUAAA